UGAGGUUAGGGGUGGUUUGAGAGUUCCUCAUUAUUUAGGAUAUAAAGGGUCGAGGAGCUGGGAGGGAGAACCAGACAGCUGGACACUGGACUUCUCCUGUCAGCCCAUCAAUAUUCUGUGUCUAUUGAUUCCGAAUCUGUUUGACCAAAAUGAAGAGUCUUUUUCUCCUGGUGCUGCUCUGCAGUGCUGAGCUGAUCUCCUCUUUUGCUGAUAGAGAUUUUAAAGCUGAUACAUAUGUUAAAGCUGAUACAGAUGUUGAAGCUGAUACAGAUGUUGAAGCUGAUACAUAUAUUAAAGCUGAUACAGAUGUUGUAGCUGAUGCAGAUGUGGACGUCAAGGACUGGGGAGCCUAUUGCACCACUACCUUCCCAGGGCUGUGUGAGAGCCAGUCUUACAGGCAUGGGAUCACUGUCUACACCUUCUACAGUAUGCAAAACAACUUCACUGACGCUGAGUUCUACUGUCGUCAACGGGCUCGUGGUGGACACCUGGCUUCAGUUCACAACAGCCAUAUCAACCAAGCCCUCACCUGCCUGACCACGCACUGCAACAACGCGGUUCGAGUGUGGCUAGGAGCCUACGAGAUGUUCAGGAGCCGCAAGUUUCUGUGGACUGAUGGAUCCAGCUGGGAUUAUUCUAACUGGGUUUCCAGCUGGCCAAGGUACUAUAGCAUGGCAUGUGUGGAACUGAACUGGGGAGUGAGGGGACAAUGGAGCGACCAUUCCUGUAGUAUAAGGAAGCCCUUUGUGUGUGAACACAGGCACUGAGGCAAGAAGAAGCUUCGAGGCUCAUCCGCGCUACGCUUGGCAGUUUUAAAAAGGAGCUCCCUCAUAAGUCAGAAUGUUGAACCACCGUCCGUGACUGUAAAGAAAUCUCGAUAAAGAGAGAAAGCGGCUUGAAAUAUCACUGUGAGCGCUUUCUGUUUUACAUUUUUUUUUUGGGGGGGGGGUGGAUGUGUUUUUUGAUACCAUACUACUAAAAGUGAAUUGUAAAACCAGCAUGGUUCAGAUUAAAACAAACAAAGGACAGUACCACACAGCCACCACCAAGGGGCGGUAAAACAAAGGGUUUAGCUUUUCUUCUGGGGAAGGCCAAAGAAGAUUCGAAUUUCGCUGUCGUGGUUCAAAUUACAAUUAGAGGUUUAAAACAACACCUUUUUAUUUCAUUUUUACCUGGUUUUAGGAGCUGUUUUGAGAAGCUUUUCUGGAGAAUUCUAAUCGCCAACCUCUGAACAGCUUCCUUCGUUCCACUUGCGUAGAGCAGGCAUGAGCUGGUGAGGGGUUAGGGGGCGGGGCUGGGGGCUGGCGGAGUUCAAAGGUCACGCUCUCGUGUGAUUCGAAUGAGGGCCCGGCAGUCAGGAUUCUCCAGAGAAGCUAAAAAAAAGCCUGAUUUUAGAUAAAAAAUAUAUUUUCAGAUCCUUUCUCUUUAUCGUUGCUCUAAGGCAUUCAGUCAGUACUGCUCUUGUAAUCAAAUACAAUUGAGAAGAGGGACUCCCAAGCAUAAAGACAAGGCUUCAAAUCACAUUGUAGAAAUGAAUCGAUAUUUUAAUUCACAUUUUUGAAGGAGUGUUGACCAUCUAUAAAACGCAUUCUCUCGCCUCUUAUUAGCUUUAUUAACAUGAUCACCGGUCCCUCCCUUUAAAGGAGCGCUGACCAUCUUUAAAAUCCAUUCUCUCACCUCUUAUUAGCUUUAUUAACACCAUCAGUGGUCCCUAUUUUAAGAGGUUCCAGCCUAGGCGAUUUUGAAAGCUAUUUUGAAUACAAUAUUAUACAUAAUAUCAGUGUUGUUGUAUUUUUUUAUACUGUUAUAAGAAGCCUGAUGUAAAAAAUGUGUGAAACAAAAUGUUGAACAUUCUUUACAUUGUGUAAAAUCCUGCAUGCGCUUUGCUUUUGAAUGCAAUAAUAAAACAGCGUUUGAUCAGCAUUGAAAAAGAAA